CGAACGCUGCGACAAUCGACCAAUCGACCACCAACACCUCGCCCUUGACAACCCCCCGUUCGUCGUAAAUACCACCGCAAUCAUGUCUCACGAGACUGUCUGGAACUCCCGCCCAAGGACCUACGGCAAGGGCUCGCGCCAGUGCCGCAUCUGCACCCACAAGGCCGGUCUCAUCCGCAAGUACGGCCUCGACAUCUGCCGUCAGUGCUUCAGAGAGAAGGCUGGCGAUAUUGGAUUCGUCAAGCACCGUUAAAUUAUUCCCAUACCGAAGACAAUGGCAAGGACUUGUGAUGCGAGCUUGGAACGGCGGAACUCGAUGAACUAGCACUGGGAUGGAGUUACGGCUUGCUGAAUCGAGGAAGAAUGUUUUGGUUGUUGAGAGCGCCUCAUAUUCGAGCGGGGGAUCGCUGGACUGUUUUCGGUUUGGUGGAUUACACUCGAGAAGGGUUGCUGUCGGUAUCAAUCGGCCAGCAGGUGUUACAACAGUUUGGUGUGGCUGGCUAUGGUUGUGCUCUGGGGUAGUCAGAUUGGAACGUCGGUUUGGCUUCCUCGGCCGCAUAGCUCUCAAUAUCACUUCAUUCAACUUUCC